AUGGGACUCUUUUCUAAAAAGAGCAGAGGAAUCGGCCUGGAUGGCAUUCCCAGAAAGCGCUUGAACAAGACGUACAAAGACAUAGAAUAUAACCAUAGGAAAGUCCAAUAUAAAAAAAAGAAACAGAAAGAGGGUACUAAAAAGAAACUUUGUGAGCUACAUGGAAAUACAAUUCAUUUCAGCGAUAAAUGCUUUACAGUCUCGGAAUUUAAAAAAUUGGGAUGGACAAAAAAUAAUAAUAAUAGGAAAGUUUGUAAAAAUGCCAAUGAAUUGUCCUUAGAAGGGAGUUCAGUCGGUGACAAGGAAAUAAGCAAUGAUAAUACUAAUAAAAAUUAUUACAUCUACAAUUUACAAAUAAAAAUAGUCAAACAAGUAAUUUUGUUCAAAAGGCUAAAAUAG